ACAUUUAAUCUGAUCAGCCUUGAAAGAAGUGGAUAGUAAAACAUGGGAACUAAAUCACUGUUUCUUCUCACUGCAGCUGUUCUGGUAGCUUACUAUGUUUAUACACCACUUCCAGAGAACAUAGAGGAACGCUGGAAACUGAUGCUCAUAAGUGCUGGUUUUAGAUCUGUAGGACAUAUGGCUGGUUUAGCUGAGCGGCUGGGUCUGAUGCACUACAUGGAAGUUCUGAUGAUGAUCACAAGUUAUGAAUAUGUUCCAGCAACAUCUGAUGAAAAUGUCACUGUGACAGAUACAGAAUUUGAGAAUGUUCCAGUUCGGUUAUAUGUACCCAGGAAGCAGUCCAGUGAAUUGAAAAGGGCAGUAAUUUACAUUCAUGGAGGAGGGUGGUGCGUUGGAGGCUCAGCCAUGGAGCCCUAUGACCUCCUGUCGAGAUGGACUUCAAACAAGCUGAAUGCGGUUGUCAUAUCAGUCGAAUACAGACUAGCACCUAAAUAUCAUUUCCCAGCUCAGUUUGAAGAUGUGUACAAGAUACUGAAGUUCAUCCUACAAAAUAAUAUACUUGCACAAUAUGGAAUAGACCCAUCUCGGAUCAGUGUUGCAGGAGAUAGUUCAGGAGGUAACUUAGCUGCUGCAGUGGCACAGGAGCUGCUGGAUGACCCUGAAGUCAAAAUUAAACUUAAGACACAAGCUUUACUUUAUCCAGCUCUUCAGACCCUUGACCUGAAUUUACCAUCCUAUCAAGAUAAUGAAGACAAGCCGAUUCUACCCAAGUCAUUAAUGGUCAGGUUCUGGAGUGAAUAUUUUACUAAUGACACCUCUCUUAAUGAAGCAAUGGCUUCCAACAGACAUGUCCCUGAAGAAUCAAGCCAUUUAUUUGCAUUUGUAAACUGGAGCAACUGGCUGCCUGAAAAGUUUAAAAAGGACCACACUUAUAAGGGCCCAAUUUAUGGAAGUUCCAAGUUUGAAGAAAAAUAUCCAGGGUUUCUGGAUCCAAGAGCAGCACCACUGCUAGCUGAUAAUGUUAAAUUACAUGGCUUACCUCUGACAUAUGUCCUUACGUGUCAACAUGAUGUCUUAAGGGACGAUGGAAUCAUGUAUGUCUCACGACUUAGGGAAGCAGGAAUUCAAGUAACACAUGACCACAUUGAGGAUGCAUUUCAUGGGGCUUUAAUGUUUAUUACAAGUCCAACUGAUCUCGCUCUAGGGCACAGACUAGCAAAUAAAUAUAUUGCAUGGUUAGAUGAGAAUUUAUAAGAGAAAUUGCAUAUUUAACACCUGUAACUUUUACUCACUGGGUCUCAGUCAAAUGCUGUAUUUGAAGACAAAAAUAUCCCUGUUGAGCUUCAUGGACAUGAAAUUGCCAUAUUUUAAUAUAUACUGCUCUAAAUUAUUUGGAUUCAGGAUGGCUUCUUGCUUAUCCUGUAAGGUAAUAGAGUCUGACUAAUCUAAGUGCUCUUUCAUCCCUGACACGUAAAACCCAAGUCCAUACAACAUCUAUUAGUCUCCCUAGAUUUCUCUAAACAGGAAUAAAAAUGCCCCUGAACAUGAACCAUUUUGACCCAGUGCCUAUACCCAGUGUGAAAUCCUCUUCCUUUGGAAUUCUCUUUCCAUUCCAUACGCUCUGCUGCUGAUUCACAGUUCAUUUUACUCCUUGAGGUUUUUCUUAUUUUUUUCUAUUAAAUUCACAUCCUGUAAGCCUCUCUGUGUGUCCAUAAUAUAAAUAUAAAUUUGUUAGUACCAGUGUUUUGUCUUUGCUGCCGAUCCAUCUUAGAAUCUUUGCAUCUGCCCUUGAAUAGGUUCCCCCUAUAUGCUACUUAAUAAUAAAAUGCUCAUUGUUAAACCAUGGUCACCAGUGAGAAAUUAUACUACAGUAAAAGGGGUAGUAGAUACAAGUGGAAUUUCAGAGAAAAUCCAUGAGAAAAGUUUUGAUCUAAACCUGUGAAGACUUGCUGACUGGCAUUUGUGUGAGUUUAUUUCUCUUCUCAACAGAAUUCAAGGUAAGCACUUGAAAAGAUAACUAAAUUUGUAUGGCUCUAAAUACAAUGACGUUACAAAUAUGUAAUUAUGUUUUGUGCUAUUAUUAGACUUUCUCUAAUAAGAACAUUCAUUAACCUCUGCUUAUUGGGAUAAAUUAAGUGGUAAAAUUUAAUAUUGGAUACAAUAUCAAAUAAAACUAAAGAUCACAGCUAUUUGAUAGCAUUAUUUUUCUGUUAUGUUUUUCUCAUUACUUAUUAAAAUUGUAAUCAAUACUCAGUAAUCUUAUCUGUCACUAUUUAGUAAUCUCAGCUGUCAAUAAUCAAUAAACACAGCUAAUUUAAAGUUAAUUUAGUAAUAUUUCAAUACAGCACUCCAACUUACAUCACUAUCCUUUAACAUGAAUGUGCUUGUGCAUGAAAUACAUAUCCUAAAAAAUGUUGGGAUAAUGAAAAGUAACCUCACCACAUCGAUUAUUGAUUUUUAUGUGCUUGUAACUUGCUGUUUUUCCCAGAAGAAAAAGAUACUAAAACAUAAAAAAGUCAACAGUUUCCAGGUGUGUGAGAAAUGGAAUGUAUACAUAAUGAUUAUAAUAUUAAUUUGCCUUCAUUUUUCAUCAUUAUAAUUAUUAACAUUAAAAUCUGAUCUUUUUUAUUCAACAAUGUACGGUUCAUCAUUUAAAUCCAAUUUAAAGGUAAAAUUAAAGAGGCUUACUUUGUCUAUGCAGAAGUAAUCAAUAUAAACAGUUUAGGGUAAAUCCUGUGAGACAUUGAGAUACCUCCUGCAUCAAUUCCAGAAAAGUUAAGAGUGUACAGUGCCUUAUAGCAAACACAACUCUUGAAGACUCAUGUUUCUCUUCUAAAAAGAAAAAGAAUGCUAUAAUAAAUUUAUUUUAUCAGCAAAAGAGUGUGGGAUUAUACUGAGAUUUAUAUUAGGUUCAGGAUUUUGGGAUACAUGAAGGCUGUAGGGUACCUGGAAAUGCCAGAACAAAUUGAUUUAAUUUUUUAAGGAGUAGAUUUCUAUUUUCCCUUCCUUCUAAGUUAUUCCUUUUCAAGGGUAGCAAACCAUCACAUAGAAAACAUUUUUUGUAUUAAAAAGCAUCUCACUCAGAAGUUGUAUACAAUAUUGACUGUAUAUUCUCCCCCCACCCCCUCUCUUUUUCUCUUUCUUCCUCCCUUCCUCCUCCCUCUAUAUCUCUCAUAUGAAAUUAAUUCUCUUUGAUGCUUCAAUUUAUCUUGUUAAGUCUUGCCAAUAUCUUCAGAUAUGGACAAAUUGAAGAGAGUCCAGCGGAGGACAGCAAAUAUGGUGAGGGGCAGGUGCAGCUGGUGAAUUCAGACUGGUGGGAUCAUGGGAGCAGGGUGAAGGUGGGGGUUG